AUGCCUCCGAACUGGACACUGACGUGCUACGCAGACGACACGUUGGUGCUGGUCUGGGGCACGGCAUGGGGUAGAACCGUCCGCCUGGCGGAGUUGGCGAUGGCCUGCGUGGUCGCCGAGAUCAAGGAAUUGGGACUGAGGGUGUCCGGAGAGAAGUCCGAGGCAAUGUGGUUUUGCCGCAAGGCCGAUCACGAGACACCUCCAGCGGGUUAUCGCCUGAGGUUGGAGGGGGCUGAGAUCAGGGUCGGAACCAGCACGAAGUAUCUGGGCCUAACCCUCAACAACCACUGGACUUUCAGCGCUCACUUCGAGCGCCUGGCGCCGUCUGUUGAGGCGACUGCGAACGCCUUAGGACGUUUGCUGCCUCGGCUGGGCGGGCCCGACGUCGGAGUGCGCCGGCUGUACGCCGGCAUGGUGAGAUCGAAGCUCCUCUACGGAGCUCCGAUCUGGGCAGAGGACCAGAUGACCAACCGUCGCAAGCUCUUAGCGAUCAGGAGGCUGCACAGGACGGUGGCCAUCUGGGUAGUGAGGGGCUUCCGCACCAUUUCGGCGGCGGCAGCGGCGAUGCUCGCCGGGAUUCCCCCGUUCGAAUUGCAGGCCCUGAGGUGUCGCGAGAUUUACCUCCACACUCGGAGUGUGUCGGGCGGGGUGGGCCCGGCGGGCGCCGACGUCAGGGUUCGGGCUCAGCGAGCUUUGCUCGACAGAUGGCACGCCAGCCUCGACACGAGAGCGGGUGCACCGGGGAUAAGGGUCCUCGGGGCCGUCCAUCCAAACUGGGACGUUUGGUUGGACGGCGGCGGACCUCCUCUGACGUACAGGGUGACGCAGGUGCUCACCGGACACGGUUGCUUCGGUGAGUAUCUGCACCGAAUCGGGAAGGAGGCGACCGCGCGCUGCCACCACUGCGAUGCGAGCGUGGAUUCGGCCCAGCACACGCUGGAAUACUGCCCGGCGUGGGCGCGGCCGCGCCACGACCUCAUCGCGAAAAUCGGAUGGGACCUCUCGCCGCCGACGAUCCUCGAGGCAUUGUUGGUAAGCGAGAGAAGGAGGAAGGCCGUGACCUCCUUCUGUGAUUAUUAUGAAGUUACCCUCGGUGUCUUUGGUGGUGAAAGAUUUUUGAAGGGAGAUCGGUUAGCGAGAAAAUUAAUCUUGACUUCAGUAGAAAGGAAACCGUUGGAUCUUCGUUAUGUUGCACAACAGCACAUGAAAUGUGGAGAAAGUUGA